AUCAGUUUCAUCAGUUUCAGAAGUUUCAGAAAAUUGACAAGCAGGAAAGAAGUAUUUACAUACAUAUGUUUUAAGAAAAAUCAGUGAAACACGAAGAAAAUCAAUGAUUACAGUUUAUCAUUUUUAAGUUCAUAGGGAGUGAUUUAUAAAAUUAUUUAUUUAUUUCUUGCCCGUCCAUCUUUCUACGUUUCGAUUAACAAUUGGACUUAUAUAAAAUGUCCACGCGUUAUAUGAAGAAAGUGUAUGGGAGCGAUGUGUUACUCGAAAAAGAUAAUGAAAACGAAAAUGAGAUCGAAAAUUCGAUAAUUGGCAAUGUUAAGUCGAAAACAUUCAAUCUAUUUGAUGUAUUGAAUGAAAAUUCCGAGGUUAGCGAAAAGGAAAAUGAAGAAGAACCAGUGAUCGAAGACAAUUGUGAUAAUGAGACCAAACGUAAAAGAAGGAAGAAGAGACGAAAGAAAUUUGAAAAUUCUAAAACUCAACAAGCUGUUGGAAUCAAACAAGAAGAAGAAGAAGAGGAAGAAGAAGAAGAAGGAGAGGAAGAUAUAGAUGAAAUUGAAAGAACUGUAAGAGAAGUAAACAAAUUGCUUGGAGAACCGCUUCCAGGUUGUAGUUCUCAGAGUACAGAUAAUUUACAAUGGAUCGAACAAAAAUCCAAGGAGGAUAUUUUAUUGGUGCAGCAUAAACAUUUAAAUCCUUAUAACGAACUAAAAAGAAUUUUUGGUAGUAAAACAGUGCAAGCAGAACAAAACAAUAGAAGAAACAGAGGACGUUUGGGUCAUUUGAAGAAAACUUGGUUGGUUUCUACUAGAAAUAAUUGGCCACCGGUUAAUAAGUCUGGACUUUCAAUGUCUUUAGAUCAUACCGUAAAGUCUGCUAAUAAUGUUCAGUACUUUGUGUACGAGCAUAGCCCGUCGUAUAGACAAGUUCAAUUAAAAUUCUUGGAAGCUGUGGAAAGUUUAAAUCCUGAAAAUAUUGUUAGUAUACUCAAUGCACACUCUUAUCAUGUAGAUGCAUUGUUGCAAAUUGCUGAACUUUGCAAACUUAACGAAGAUUUAGCAAUGGCUGCAGAAUUUACAGAACGAGCUUUAUAUUGCCUGGAAUGUGCUUUCCACCCCUUGUUUAAUGUUACAACUGCUCUCUGUAGAUUAGAUUACAGAAAACAGCAAAAUCGGGCUCUGUUCAUAACUUUAUUUAAACAUCUUAAUUUUGUUGGUGGACGGGCGUGUUACAGAACGAGCUUGGAAUUUUGUAAAUUACUGCUAUCACUUGACCCAGAAGGCGAUCCGUUAGCUGUGAUUUUGUCUCUUGAUUUUUUUGCUUUAAGAGCAAAAGAGUAUGAAUGGUUUAUUGAAUUUUGCAAUCUUUGGGAUAAUGCAAGAAAUUUAACCCAGCUGCCAAACAUAGCAUUCAGUUUAGCUUUAGCUCAUUUUCACUUGGGCCAUCAGACUGUUGCCAGUGAACUGUUACAAAAUGCAUUAAUAAUGUUUUCAGGUGUACUGAUGCCUUUAUUAGACAAAUGUAGUAUACAGUGUGAUGAAACGGUACGAAUUCAUGAUUUCUUUAACAGUAAAGCAGUAAUUUCGACUUCACCAGCACUGGAAAAGUUACAAAAUUUAUAUGUGGCACGUAGUUUUCGUUUAUGGAAAGAAACUGAUCUUUUGCCGUGGUUACGUGAAAACGUACAUAUUGUAUUAACUCGUGUUGAUUCCAAAGAUGAUUAUGUUAAGUACUGUGAAGUAAAACGAAGCAAACGUUAUCAAGGAAAGUUGCCGAAAAAUAUUUUACGACAUAUUAUAUUAUCUGAUAUAAAAGAUGUAACUGUAAAUAUUCAAGAGAUACAAAAUGGUGGUUCGGUUCUCUCGCACGAUCCUCUACCCCCUGUGGAUAGUAUUGAUAUUUACAAAAGACCUACAGCAAAUACAACCACAACCCGAACUAGUUCUAAUCUUUUGUCUCUUUUCGUUUCGUCUCUGUUCACAGAUAUUAAUGGAGAAGUUUCAGUAGCAGCCCUUGAAGGAUUAAAUUUGUUUUACGAUAACAAUGAACAAGCGUAAGAUCUAUUGCUGAUUACACUGUAAAGAAAUGAAGUAUAUAAAUUUUAUAUUUAAAUGGAAGAAUGGAAAUGAUACUUAUAAACACAUUUUUAAAAUAUUAGAGUUACUUUUGUGAAGAUACAUUUACAAAUAUUUUGUGUCAGGUAAUAUAUACACACACAUAUAUAUAUAUAUACACACAUAUACGUACACAUGUACUAUUUAAUCAUGAAUCAUGUAAAAUUACGGUUAUUUUUUAUUAUUACUGCUAUUAUUAUUGUAAUAGAGUUGCCUGUGUAUUCAAAAUUUAGUAUAUUUCGAUUGUAUUCUAUACACGAGAUUGUGCAUCCCGUUAUUUGUACAAUCUUACAGUUUUUGUUAUAAUUUUUAUGAAUUUCUGUGAAAAUAUCAUCGUGUAUUCAGUCUUUAAAUGUUGUAAAUAAGUGAAAGGGAUAUUGUAUAUAAACAGUAAUAAAUAAAUUAUAUUGUUGAAAGAAUUAUAUAAGCAAAAUUACUUAUUAUCGUGCGAGUUUUGGCCGUGAACUAAUAUUAUGCAGGAUGAUAUAAAAUAUUUCGUGAAUGUGAUUUAGUAAACAAAAGAAUUAUUAUUUUUAAGUAAACGUAUUUUAUGUACAGGUCUAUACAAUUGCUUUAUAUUAUAUUCUUACCAUUCCUAACAAAGUACAUAUUUUAAUUUUUUAUUGAGUGAUUUUUCCCUGUAUUUUUAUUAAAUGUAAAUGUGUAUUUACAUAAAUAUUACAUAUUUCUGUAAUGAGCAUGAAAACAUUU